AUGGCUGAGUUUGUAGUUCUAAGAGACUCAAUGGUGUACAACGUCAUCCUUGGAAGGAUAAUUAUCAAUGAACUGUUGGUGUUCAUUUACACGAAGUUCCUGACAAUAAAGUUCGUAGCAGACGACGGGUUGGUAGGGACGAUCUGGGGUGACUUGGAAAUGGUUGUCGCUUACAAUAACGCUAGACCUCUGAUUGAAGCCAUCCGAGCUAAUGGAGACCUCUUUGCAUGGAUCCCGGUCGACAUUCUAGGGAUAGAUACGGACUUCAUGUCUCACCGGCUGACUGUGAGAGCGGAUGCGCAUCCUGUCGGACAGAGGAGGAGGAAGAUGUCGUUAGAAAGGACAAACAAAGUGGCAGAGCAAAUGACUAGUCUGUUGGAAGCCAAUUUUAUCAGAGAACUUGACUAUUCCACAUGGUUAUCAAAUGUGGUUCUUGUGAAGAAGGCAAAUGGAAAACGAAAAAUGCGCGUGCAUUACUCGGAUCUUAAUAAGGCAUGCCCAAAAAAUGCAUUCUCCCUUCCUAACAUUGAUGCCUUAGUGUAG